AUGGCAACCCCCCAAGACCGCCACCCCGAGCUCUUCCGCCCCGUGAACAGCGAAUCACCACGAGGCAAGAAGCGCACCGUUCCACUCCAAGUCCUCUGCUUAGGAUUCAACCGCACCGGUACAGCCUCAAUGUGCUCCGCCCUCGAAACCCUCUCCCUCCCCUGCUGGCACUCCAUCCACCUAAUGUCCGACAAAUUCGGCACCAUCCCCAUGUGGCAAGAAGCCAUCGACCGAAAGUUCUUCAACGCACCAGGUCCCCUCUACGGCCGAGCCGAAUUCGAUCAACUGCUCCACGACUACGCCGCCAUAUCCUCCGAUACCCCGGCCAUCGCCUUCUCGGAGGAGUUGCUCAACGCGUAUCCGGAGGCCAAAGUAGUCCUGGUGGAGAGGGACAUCGACUCGUGGUACCAGAGCUGGAUGAACGGCGUGAUUGCCAAUACAUAUGAUCCUAUUGUGACCAUCAUAUAUACCAUUGAUCGGUGGUUCACGCACCCGCUGGGGAAGGUGCAUAAGUCGACGUUUGAGGGGUGGUUGGGGAUUAAGGGACCCGAAGAUGCGAAGCGUGUCAGCCGGGAGAAGUAUAAGGAGCAUUAUGCGUUGGUGAGACGGUUGACACCGCCUGAGAGGUUGUUGGAGUUCAGGUUGAGUGAGGGGUGGGAGCCGUUGUGCGAGUUCUUGGGCAAGCCGGUGCCUGAGGUGCCGUUUCCGCAUUUGAAUGAGAAGAAGUGGUUGGAUGAGAAGGUGAAGAUUGUGAUGUGGAGGGGGAUGGUAAGGCUGGGGUACAGGGUUGGGUUGUGGGUGUUGGGGCCGGUGGUGGUGGCGGCGUUGGUUUAUAGGGUUAUGGGGGCGUAG